AUGUGGAGAAAGGAGAAGAUGGCUAGGGGAACGGACAAGAAGCUCGUCUGGCCACAUCUUUUGAUUCAUUUGCUGGCCCUUAAUUUGGCUUGGGCCGUUUUAGCACCACCGCCCCAAGGCUACGACGAUGACAUCACUCCCUUGCCGCUGCGCCUCGAGGAUCUGGAGCGAGAGCAAGAGCAAUUUCAAGUGGACCUGAAUCGUCCUCCCCUGCUGCCCAAUCGCUAUGAAUGGCGCCCCAGUGUGGCAGCCAGUGUUCCACCCAGUUACAUUCAAGAUGCUGCCCAGCGAGAAAUCGCCAGGGAGAGGGAGAAACUGGAGCAACUGCAUCAGCUGCAGCAGCAACACAAACACCUAAGCGCCGGCUAUGCAUUUCCCGGCCAACUGCCGGCAAAUCUCUUCUUUGUUACGCCCACAGCAGCAACGACAACAUCAACAGCAACAAUACCAAAAGAAAUUGCCUCAACCGUCUCGACGAGGCUGCUAAAACCGAUUGUGCCCUAUGAUUUGGAUUUGCAAUUGAAUGGCAUACAAUACUUAACAGGAAAUGCCCUAACAUCAUUGCCAUCCCCAGGACCGCCGCCGCCACCGCCUUCGCUACGACCACGCCCAGUACGACCACCCUAUAUCUAUGCCCAAUCGCCAGCUACUUCGAGUCUAUAUCAACAAUCCAAACAAUUCGCCUACGCACCGCCAGCACAAAGAAAUUAUGCACCAAGUCCGAGGAUUCCCUUACCAUAUCCACCCAGUUUUAUAAGCAUCACUACCCGUCGUCCUGGUCCAGGAAGGGGGAAUUUCGGUUAUACUCAAUACCAGAAGCCAUUCCGUCCCUCUCAGCCGGAUCCCACACCAGAUCUAUUCGCUGGCCGUGAGUCCAAGUCAUUGCUGGAUUCUUAUAUACCCAGUUGGGAGGUUCUUCGUAUCCUGCAGCAGCAUCAAUUGCCAUCAUCCUCAUCAUCGGCAUCAUCCUUAUCCCCAUCGCCGAGUCACACCUUGGCCUAUCCCAUUAACAAUUUAAGAUUGUUCAAGCGGAUGUCCGCCAGGGUAGCGAAUGAUUCGUCGGGCAGAAUUGUGAAAAAGUCCUUAACUCAGUCACUGGACAAGACACCAAACAUUCCGACAUAG